CGCAGUAAAUUUCCAAAAUGGCGUCUGGAGGUAAAAAAAAUAAGAAGAAGGGGAAGUCUAUGAACCUAAGUGAAUUCUUAGGUUCUAAUGAACCCGUUGUAUCUACAAAGAAUAUAGACUGGGCAGCUGAGAUGGAAAAUGCGGAUGAUGAUUUUGGAGCUGCACCUUAUGGUCAGCAGUUGUUUGAUCGAUCUAAAUUACCUAAAGCCCCAAAAGCGGCUCGGGGACCAGAUGUUGAUAUGAGUAAAGUUCCUACCCAGCCACCAUUUACAGCUUUUAUUGGCAACCUGCCAUAUGAAUCAUGUGAAGAUAAGAUUGAAAUGUUCUUCUCAAAAUUAAAGUUCUUGAAUGUGAGAUUACCAUCAGACCAAGGUAGAUUACGUGGAUUUGGUUAUGUGGAAUUUGAAGACAGAGAAUCUUUAUUGGAGGCAUUAACAAUGGAUGAUUCAAUGUUUGCUGGUAGAAAGAUAAGAAUAGAUUUAGCUGGUCAGAAUCAGAACAACCAAGGAGGAAGUUCAGAUGGUCGAUCAAGAGAUCAGGGCCCUGAUCGUACAGAUAGUGAUUGGAGACGACCUGGACCUGACACGCCAGACCAAGAUGACAGAGGAGGUCGUUAUGGUGAUAGAGAUGGUGGUAGUCGCUACGGAGAUAGGGAUGGAGGCAGUCGCUUUGGAGAUAGAGAUGGCGGUAGUCGUUUUGGCGAUAGGGAUGGUGGUAGUCGUUUUGGCGACAGAGAUGGUGGUCGCUAUGGAGAUAGAGAUGGUGGUAGUCGUUACGGAGGAGGUGGUCGUAGCUAUGAUCGUGGAGGUAGCAGCUAUGGAGAUAGAGAUGGUGGUCGUUAUGGAGAUAGAGAUGGUGGAAGAUAUGGUGGUGAUAGAGAUGGUGGAAGGUAUGGGGGCGAUAGAGAUGGUGGAAGGUAUGGGGGCGAUAGAGGUGGCGGACGCUAUGGCGACAGAGAUAGAGGAUAUGGUGGUGGAAGUUAUGGUGGCUCUAGAGGUGGAGGUUAUGAACCUGCUAAUCGAGAAUCAAGCCAAGAGGCACCAAAGGAAAGAAAGAGAUUACAACUGGCCCCACGAUCCAAGCCAGUAGAAAAUGAUAGUGCCCCACCCGCAAAUGAUGCAAGUGCAACCCCAACACCAUCAAAAACCUCAUCCAUAUUUGGAAAUGCUAAACCCGUUGACACUGCUGCAAAAGAGCGCGAGAUAUUUGAACGUUUACAUUCUGUGCAAAAACCCCCAGAAGAGGAAACUCCUAAAGAACGAGAAAAAAAGCCAUCUAUUUUUGGGGACGCAAAACCUGUGAAUACGGCAGCUAGAGAAAAGGAAAUAGAAGAAAGGCUGCGGAAACAGCGUGAAACUGAGCGAGUUUUAGCAGAUAAUGAUAGAAAUUAUGAAAGUCCUGCAGAAGAAAAUUAUCAACCAAGAGAUUCUUUGGCCGAAAGUGACAACCAACCGUCUGGACGUAUGAGACGAGAUAGUGAAGAAAAUAGACGGGUGAGACGAGAUAGUGAGGAAAAUAGACGGGAGCGUCAUUUAUCAAAUAGUAGCAGCGGAAAGGGCUCUCGUCAUAGUCAUAAUUCAGGCGGAGUUCGAUCUCGUAAAGAUAGUGAUUUAUCUAAUCAUUCACAGGAUCACGAGGAUAAUCCUUCGUCACCAAAACAUGAGGUCACAACCCCUGUUAAAGUUAUUCCUGCCCCUCCCCCAAAGGAAAAUGCAUGGCAGAAAAGAAAACCAGAAAUAAUGUCUCCCCCAUCGCAACAACCACAGGUAUCUAGAGCAAGCGAAGGUAGUGCUAAUAAAACUAAGUCCCCAGGUGACAAAGAAAUGACAUCACGGCAAAAUUCCAAUGAUAAGCCAAGAUCAGAUAGAGAUCGAGAUGGUUAUAGAGACAGGAAAGAUGAUCGACCCAAAGGUCCACCAAUUAAAUAUGAUGGUAAAAAUAAAGAAAACACCAAACCAAAGCGUGAAAAGCCAGUCCCCAAGUCUUUUGAAGAAAUGCCAAAAUACAAUAAAGGUGAAGCAAAGGAUUGGUCGGAUCAAAAUAAAUUUGCUCUGAUUUCUUCAUCAAAAUCUGAUGAGGAAGAAGAUGAUGAUGAUAGAAAAGAAGAGGAAAAUGAGGAAACUACUGAAACAACUGAAGUUAAAAUUGAAUCAUAGAAAUGGAGAGACAAAGAAAAAGAAUCUAUUUAUAGGACAAAUAGACAUAGAGUAUUUUAUUUAAUUAUCAAAAUGGAAUUUUUUUUUUU